AUGAUAAAUAAUUACAAAUCUCAGAUUUGAUGAGGCGUGAAUCAUGCAUGAUCUAGUCACACCUACCUACUCCAUCUCUUUGACCUGUUUCGUCCACGUCAGAUGCCAUUAUUUUCGUUUCAAUAUCCAGUUCCAGUUCCAGUGAGUCACAACAACUCGCAACAACCAGCAGCAAGCAAGCAAGCAAGCAAGCUUUUAUUAACUCCAAAAUCUGUUGUUCAUCUUCAAUCGGAUUUAUUUCUAUUCUUCUCUCGAAAUGGAUCCCGUGGGUUCCGAUGACUCCAGAAAAACUAAGAUGGUAAUAGAGUUGCUCAAGGGGAUUCAUUUUGUUGCUUCUGUGGAGGCCAUUUCUCUUGGUGUUCAAGCUGGUAUUCAUCCUUGGAUUUUGUAUGAUAUUAUAUCAAAUGCCGCUGGCAACUCAUGGAUUUUCAAAAAUUACAUCCCUCAUCUGUUACAGGGGAAUCAAAUCAAGGAUAAUUUUCUAAAUGCUUCUCUUCAAGAUUUGGGUGCAGUUUUGGACACUGCCAAGUCACUUAUAUUUCCUCUUCCACUCUUGGCUGCUGCUCAUCAACAAUUCCUAGCAGGCUCUAGACAUGCAGAUGCAGAUGGUCUUAAGGUUUGGGAAAGAGUACUUGGAAUACAAAUUAUGGAUGCAGCAAAUGCAGAAACUUACAGUCCCGAACUAUUGGCGACUCAAGUUUGUGCCAAGUCAAAGCGAACAAAUAAAAUUGGUUUUAUUGGUCUAGGAGCAAUGGGAUUCGGCAUGGCAACUCAUCUUCUGAAAUCCGAUUUCCGUGUCCAUGGAUUUGACGUAUAUAAGCCAACUCUAUCUAGGUUUGAAAACGCUGGUGGUCUGGUUGGAAACUCUCCUGCACAAGUAUCAAAAGAGGCUGAUGUUCUCGUUGUGAUGGUCACAAAUGAAGUUCAAGCAGAAAGUGUUCUAUAUGGUGUUGACGGGGCCGUGUCAGCUCUACCACCUGGAUCGUCUAUUGUCCUUUCAUCCACAGUUUCUCCUGCUUUUGUCAGUCGCCUUGAGCUGCGCUUACGAAAUGAGAACAAGGGCUUGAAAUUGAUUGAUGCCCCUGUAUCUGGUGGUGUCAAAAGGGCUUCUGAAGGAACUCUGACGAUUAUGGCAUCGGGUGCAGAUGAAGCUCUUGAGCAUGCUGGUUCAGUUCUUUCAGCGUUAAGUGAGAAGCUAUAUGUGAUAAAAGGGGGUUGUGGAGCUGGAAGUGGUGUAAAGAUGGUUAAUCAACUACUAGCUGGAGUUCAUAUAGCAUCAGCUGCUGAAGCAAUGGCCUUUGGAGCUCGAUUGGGAUUGGAUACAAGAAUCUUGUUUGAUGACAUAAAAGAUAGUGACGGAACAUCUUGGAUGUUUGAGAAUCGUGGUCCACACAUGGUGGACAGUGAUUAUACCCCCUUAUCUGCACUUGAUAUCUUUGUUAAGGAUCUGGGUAUUGUGGCUCGUGAAUGCGCAUCUCGUAGAGUUCCACUUCAUAUUUCAACUGUUGCACUCCAGUUGUUCUUGUCAGGUUCUGCUUCUGGGUGGGGACGCUUAGAUGAUUCUGCUGUUGUUAAGGUUUAUGAGACACUAACAGGUGUCAAAGUUGAAGGAAAAUUAGCAGUGAUGAGUAAAAAAAAGGCCUUGGAAUCUCUUCCACCUGAGUGGGCAUUGGAUCCGCUGGAUGACAUACGCAGACUGGAUAAUAACUUAAAGACUUUGGUUGUUUUGGAUGAUGAUCCAACUGGAACUCAAACAGUCCAUGAUGUUGACGUAUUGACUGAGUGGAAUGUUGAGUCACUUGCUGAACAGUUGAGAAGUAGACCUAAAUGCUUUUUUAUUUUGACAAAUUCUCGGGCUUUGAGCUCCGAUAAGGCAAGCGCACUAAUAAAAGAUAUUUGCCAAAACCUACGUACUGCAGCAAAGUCAGUGGGAAACAAUGACUACACUGUAGUAUUACGUGGUGAUUCCACAUUAAGAGGGCAUUUUCCUGAGGAACCAGAUGCAGCUGUUUCAGUACUUGGGGAAAUGGAUGCUUGGAUUAUUUUGCCCUUUUUCUUGCAAGGAGGCCGUUUCACCAUCGAUGACGUGCAUUAUGUUGCUGAUUCUGAUAGACUCAUUCCUGCAGGAGAUACUGAGUUUGCUAAAGAUGCUUCAUUUGGUUAUAAAUCUUCAAACCUGUGUGAGUGGGUUGAGGAGAAAACUAAGGGACGUAUACCGGCUAGCAGCGUUUCAUCAGUUUCUAUUCAAUUGUUACGUAAUGGAGGACCGGCAGCUGUCUGUGAACAUCUUUGCAGUUUACACAAGGGUUCCACAUGUAUAGUUAAUGCAGCUAGCGACAGAGACAUGGCUGUUUUUGCAGCUGGCAUGGUUCAGGCAGAAUUGAAAGGGAAACGUUUCCUGUGCCGUACCGCUGCUAGUUUUGUAUCUGCUCGAAUAGGAAUUAUUUCAAAAGAUCCAAUCUUGCCUAAAGAUGUUGGAAUUAGUAAAGGAAAAAGUGGAGGACUUAUUGUUGUGGGCUCAUAUGUCCCAAAGACCACCAAACAGGUUGAAGAACUAAAGUUACAAUGUGAUCUGAGAACCAUCGAGGUUUCUGUUGAAAAACUUGCAAUGAAGUCAGCAGAAGAGAGGGAGGAGGAAAUCAGUGAUGCAGCAGAGCUGGCAGAUGUUUACCUCAGGACUUGUUGUGAUACUUUAGUGAUGUCCAGCCGGGAACUUAUCACCGGGAAGACUCCUGAUGAGAGUCUGGAUAUCAAUUAUAAGGUGAGCUCUGGGCUGGUGGAAAUAGUUAGGAGGAUAAAGACAAGUCCACGCUACAUUCUUGCAAAGGGUGGAAUUACCUCAUCAGAUAUUGCUACAAAAGCUUUAGAGGCAAAACGUGCGAAAAUAGUGGGGCAAGCAUUGGCUGGUGUACCUUUGUGGCAGUUGGGCCCAGAAAGCAGGCAUCCAGGAGUUCCUUACAUUGUAUUUCCAGGAAACGUUGGUGACAGCAAGGCGCUAGCUCAAGUGGUCAAACGCUGGGCCCGUCCACUCAAACUUUCAUCAACUAAAGAGCUUCUCGCGGAUGCUGAAAGGGGAGGAUAUGCUGUUGGAGCAUUCAAUGUUUAUAAUCUUGAAGGGAUUGAAGCAGUCAUUGCUGCAGCUGAAGAGCAGAAGAGUCCUGCUAUUUUGCAGAUCCAUCCUGGUGCUCUAAAGCAAGGAGGGACGCCGUUGGUGGCAUGCUGCAUCUCUGCUGCUGAACAAGCAACUGUGCCUGUUACCGUGCAUUUUGAUCAUGGUAGUUCCAAGCAAGAACUAAUGGAAGUUCUUGAGUUGGGAGUUGACUCAGUCAUGGUAGAUGGUUCACACCUACCCUUGAAAGAGAAUAUCUCAUACACAAAAUACAUUUCAUCCUUAGCACAUGCAAAGGGUAUGGCGGUGGAAGCCGAAUUAGGUAGGUUAUCUGGAACCGAAGAUGAUUUGACUGUACAGGACUAUGAAGCAAAGUUGACUGAUGUAAACCAGGCUCAAGAAUUCAUCGAUGAGACAGGUAUUGAUGCUCUGGCAGUGUGUAUCGGUAAUGUUCAUGGGAAGUACCCUGCAAGUGGGCCAAAGCUUCGGCUUGAUUUGCUAAAGAACCUCUAUGAAUUGGCUUCAAAGAAUGGCAUCUUUCUUGUUCUCCAUGGAGCCUCUGGAUUGCCUAAAGAACUUGUCCAGGAUUGCAUAAAGCUAGGAGUUAGGAAAUUUAAUGUAAACACAGAAGUAAGGCAGGCUUACAUGGACAUCCUUAAAAGCCCCCAGACAGACCUUGUCCAUGUCAUGGCUGCUGCUAAGGAGGCCAUGAAAGCCGUCAUUGCGGACAAGAUGCAUUUGUUCGGGUCAGCAGGAAAAGCAAACUAAACAUCGACCAACCAUUUGUUGUACAUGUUGUUUCUUCUAAUUCAAUAAGUAUUAUUUAAGUCGAAUAAUAAGGUAACACGUUGGAGAAUGAACAUGUAUGUUUAAGUUCUAUAUGAUUUGUUGGCGCCCUUAAUUUAUAUUUGUAGUAAUGCUA